UCGAACCUCAUUGGUAGAAAAGAGACGCGAAAAGAAGAAACUGAUCUUGACAAUCUCGGAGUGAUUGGGGUUGAUGGGACCGGGGAAAGAGUGAACUCGGCUGCUGACCAAUCAGCGUUCAGAAGAAAGAAAAGGGAGCUAAGGUUCUGCGGUCACAUGCCGCGGAGUCUAGUGGGAGGAGCAGUUGCUCAGCAGGCUCUCGUUGCUUCCUGUUUCCGGCUUCUGGAGCGGGGCGCAGCGCGGCGCCUAAGGGAGCGCUGGCUUCAGAGAGGAAUCGAGGGACUGGGGUCUGUGCCCCCGCACCCCCGUUCUCCGGCCGCGUCUCCCAACCCCACAGACACAUUCUUGGGGGUUUCUGAGCUUCGGUUGCUCUGUUUUCCUGUGACACGUGAGUGUUGGGGGCGUGGAGGAAGCGGGCUGGGGUCCUUGCACACCUCUGCACUGAAGGAAAUGCGGACCGCGAGUCUCGCUUGGCCCUCGUUCUAGCUGGAGAUACUGCUAGGGAGCCGAAGGGCGGACUGGAGGCAAAAGGCAUGAGAACGGAGAACGUCAGACUUUUAGGCGUGAGGAAAAGGAGUUCCAAGUUCAGAGAGGAAUUUGAGAUGUUUUAAAGGAUGGUCCCUCUCUCUGGCUGUUGGAGGACUGAACUGUUACUGUUGCUACUCCUGGCUGUGGCUGUGAGAGAAUCCUGGCAGAUAGAAGAAAAAUCAUGUGACCUGGUAGGAGAAAAGGAUAAGGAGUCAAAGAAUGAGGUGGCUCUCCUGGAGAGGUUACGGCCACUGUUUAACAAAAGUUUUGAGAGUACUGUGGGCCAGGGCUCAGACACUUACAGCUAUAUAUUCAGAGUAUGCCGGGAAGCUGGCAACCACUCCUCUGGGGCAGGCCUGGUGCAGAUCAACAAAAGUAAUGAGAAGGAGACGGUGGUUGGGAGAAUCAACGAGACUCACAUCUUCAAUGGAAGUAACUGGAUCAUGUUGAUAUAUAAAGGGGGUGACGAAUAUGACAACCACUGUGGCAAAGAACAGCGCCGUGCAGUGGUGAUGAUCUCCUGCAAUCGACACACACUCGCGGGUAAUUUUAACCCAGUGUCUGAGGAACGAGGCAAAAUCCAGGAUUGCUUCUACCUCUUCGAGAUGGAUAGCAGCCUGGCCUGUUCACCAGAGGUCUCACACCUCAGUGUGGGCUCCAUCCUCCUUGUCAUAUUUGCAUCAUUGGUUGCUGUUUACAUCAUUGGGGGUUUCUUAUACCAGCGACUGGUAGUGGGGGCCAAGGGGAUGGAGCAGUUUCCUCAUCUGGCCUUCUGGCAGGAUCUUGGCAACCUAGUAGCUGAUGGUUGUGACUUUGUGUGCCGUUCCAAACCCCGCAGUGUGCCUGCGGCCUAUCGUGGCGUCGGGGAUGACCAGCUGGGGGAAGAGUCAGAAGAAAGGGAUGAUCAUUUGCUACCAAUGUGAUUGCACUUUUCAUGUCCAGCCACCUCUUCAGUCCCCAAACCAAAGCAUCCUCAGCAGACUUCUCAAGCAGUCUCCCCCUCUCACCUUGCCAUUAAUAUUCUUGCUUUCCAGUUGGCUUUGAUUUGACACUAACCUGCCUCCCUUUGCUCCUAUUGUUUUUCCUCUGCACUAGUACAGUGGAAGGCAGACAGACAUAGGGCCUGUGCUGUGGGGAGGCAGACUCCUAUACCCCAGGAAGAGAAAGGACAGCUAACUAGGCAGAAAGAAAGCCAUGAGCCCUGGCUGUAAACAUUUCCAUAAGUUGAGACACUGGAUUCUUUAAUUAAAAAAGCAAAGAUUAUUUGUACCUUUGGUUGCCUCCCUCAUGUUGUCCCUGUCCCCGCAGUAGUCUCGUGAGGAUCUGAGUGUAACUCGCAGAGGUGCUCUGCAGUACUUCUUACCUGGCUGUCACCCAAAUACUCCUGUUUGCUUUGAGCCUGCAAUUAGUCACAUGAUUGUCCCUCGUGUGGGAUUAGGACAGGGAAAAAAAAUGUGAACUUUCCCAACUUGAGGAUUCUAAGGCGCCAUCAUGUUGCUUAUAGGUCUUUGAGUGGCUUGACAGUUUGAAUUGGGCCCUAGGCUGCGGUUAUAAAUCCAUAGGUAACCCAAAUGCCUAACCAAGUAGUCCUUUCUAAAGUACACAGACUGUGUCACCUUGUGGUAGUCUCGAUAGCCAGCCUUGUUCUUCCUCCUCUCCCUACUAGUACUUGCAAACCUAAGUUGUACUUUUCUCACAGGUCUGUAGUUUGGCUUUUUAUACUUUCCCCAAUCUUAAAGGAAGGGAAUGGAAGCAGAAGUGGACAUGGAGGCUCUGCGGGUCUCUGCUAUGGUGGGGACACUGCUGCACCUGUCCCUCCUGCUGGCUCAGGGAAGUGUCUGACCCACUUAUCUAUGGGAAAAGGUCUUUAAUCCUCUAUUUCUUUGUGUUUAAGCCAUGUGCCCAGAAUCCCAGGCUAGUCUUUCUAAAAUAGUGAAUUCCUAGGCCACUAGGUAACAACACAGUUCAUCUGAACACAGGAGAUGUGGAAAAGGCAGGGCCAUUUGUUCCUUUAGAGAAAAUGAAUGACGUUAUUCCUACUUCCCAAUACCCUUGCAAUGGCAAUGGAAAUUUUGUUUUCUUUCUAUACAGGAAAAAUAAUGUUAUUUUUAAAAAGGCUUCUCAUUUGUUGUUUGCAUCCUAACCCCUGUGGUUUUAAAUGAAAAAUAAUAUACCACUUUUGUACAAAACCAAUAAUUAAAAACAUAAAAA